UAAUUUCUCUCUUCCGCUCUCAGGAAUGGCGUCUGCUGAUCUGAGGAAGGAGCUGGAAUGUUCCGUCUGUCUGAACAUUUAUACAAAUCCUGUAACCCUGAAAUGUGGGCACAACUUCUGCCAGGACUGUAUUGGCCGUGUGUUGGAUACACAGGAGUGGUCUGGAGGUUAUUUCUGUCCUGAUUGUAGAGAAGAGUUCCUGGAUCGCCCUGCACUGCGGAGGAACAUAACGCUGUGUAACAUAGUGGAGAAUUUCCUGUCUGCUCAGCCAGAUCAGGAGGCGCGCGGAGUCUUCUGUACUUACUGUAUUCACUCUCCUGUACCUGCUGUAAAAUUUUGUCUGUUGUGUGAAGCUUCUCUGUGUGACAAACACCUGAAAGUCCACAGCAAGUCACCAGAACACGUCUUAUGUGACCCCACCACUUCCCUGGAGAACAGGAAAUGCUCCGUCCAUAAGAAGAUCCUGGAGUAUUACUGCACUGAGGACUCAACCUGUAUCUGUGUGUCCUGCACUUUGGUCGGAGAACAUCGGGGACACCAGGUGGAGACUCUGGAUGAAGCCUCUGAGAUGAAGAAGAAAAAACUGAGGAAUGUUCUGCAGAAACUGGUGAUAGAGAGAGAGGAGACAAAGAAAAGGGUCAAGAGUCUGCAGGAACGCAUGAGGAAAGUACUCGGAAAAGCAGAUGAUCAGACAGAGAGAGUCACUGUCCUGCUCAGAGACCUCAGGAGACGUCUGGAAGACCUGGAGAAGAGAGUCCUGAGUGAGAUCUCCGGGCAGGCACAGAGGGUCUCUCAAUUACUGUCUGAUAUGAUCCAACAGCUGGAAAUAAAGAAGGAGGAGCUGUCCAGGAAGAUGGAGGACAUUGAGGAGAUGUGUAACAUGAAGGACCCACUGACUGUCCUACAGAAAUCAGACACAGGUGACUUGUGUGAUACUGAGGAUGGAGAUGAUGAGGACAGAGAGAGACAUGAUAUACUCCUCCAUGAUGGAGUGGAUCUGGAUGUGGUGGGGAUCUCACACACAUUACACACAGGUUUAUCUGAUAUCAUGUCUGAGGUAAAUGUACAGAAAUGUUCAGACACACAUGUCUCUCCACAUUCUGCUACACAGGGCAAAGGUCACAUCAAUGAUGAGUCCUCCAGGAGACAUGCCCAACCCUCCCCCACCAUACAACACUCACACCUCCAGCCUGGACGACCAAAUAUUUGGGCUGUACAGCAAACAUCAGGGUUGUCGGUGGUUACAGACAUAUUACUGGAUGUGAGCACAGCUGCUAAUGAUCUUCAUAUAUCAGAUGACAGGAAAACUGCUUCCUUCUCAUCAUCACCUCAGAAUCGCCCAGAAACACCAGAGAGAUUUCGGUGUAAUCAGGUGAUGAGCAGUCAGAGUUUCUCCUCAGGGAGACAUUGCUGGGAAGUGGAUGUUGGAGGGUCAGAUCGGUGGAUAGUCGGGAUGUGUUACCCCAGUAUAGACAGGAGAGGAGGUCAGACACAAGUUGGAUAUAAUAGUAAGUCCUGGGGUUUGGAGAGGCUGUGGGAUAAUACGCACUUAUUGAUAGACAACAGAAAUGAGAUCCGAUUACCCGGCAAUCUCUUCAGUUCCAGAAUCAGGAUAGAUCUGGAUUAUGAGGCCGGGCGGAUGACUUUUUAUGAUCUGUGUGACCCGGCCCGACAUAUCCACACGUUCCUCACCAUCUUCACUGAACCCCUCCAUGCUGUGUUCCAUGUAGGGAGUGGUUUUAUAAAUGUAUCUGGGGAGGGGUAUUAGUGUGAGAAAUCUGCCCAGAGAUUGUGACAUCACAAGGCAGAGAAUCUAAUUGGUGAAAUACUCCAAUAGGAGGAAGCAUUAGACGAGAACAGCCGUCACUGAUUUAUUUAUAAAGCUGCAGGGUCUGUGGCUUUCAUUUUCAUCCUAAGACUCCCAUACACACUAUACAGCUUUGUGAUGUCUGCUUUCCUUUAGAUUUACCAAAA